UUGUGUCAGAAGGCGGUGAUGAAGAAGCUGCAGGUCCAGAUGCCCCCGUGUAAUUUUACGCCUGAGACGUACCAGGGUAUGAGUAAGGAGCGGAUGCUGGAGAUCAGGAAGCUGAACUGUAAUGGCAUGAUGAUGAAGGUGACGUACUACAAGAAGCCGCUGUUCAUCCAUCAGGGUUUCAUGCAGUAUCUGUGGGACGUAGACGGGUCGCGCUAUCUGGACAUGUUUGCGGGCGUCGCCACCGUCAGCCUGGGACACUGCCACCCGAAAGUGACAAAAGUUGCCCAGGAGCAGCUCCAGCAUCUUUGGCACACCACGGCCAUUUAUGUUUAUCCUCAGAUCCAGGAAUACGCAGAGAAACUCGUCUCACAUCUGCCUGAACCUCUAAAAGUAGUGUAUCUGACUAACAGCGGCUCGGAGGCCAAUGACCUCGCUCUGCUCAUGGCCAGGUUACACACGGGGAACUUCGACGCCGUCACUCUCAGAGGUUCCUAUCAUGGCGGAAGUCCACUAGCGAUGGGUCUGACCUCUAACUCCAUCUACAAAUACCCCGUGGCUUCCGGCCUGGGCUGCUAUAAUACCAUGUGUCCUGAUGUGUUCAGGGGGCCGUGGGGCGGGAGUUACUGCCGAGACUCACCUGUUCAGACAGUCAGAGAGUGCAGCUGCUCUCCUGGUCAGUGCCGCGCCAACGACAGGUACGUCGAGCAGCUGAAGGAGUUUUUCGCUACGAGCGUACCCAGUCGUAUCGCCGCGUUCUUCGCCGAACCCAUUCAGGGAGUAGGGGGAACCGUCCAGUACCCUAAGAACUUCCUGAAAGAAGCGUACAAGCUAGUGAAAGAGAGAGGCGGAGUCUGCAUCGCUGAUGAGGUUCAGACCGGUUUUGGACGCACAGGGAGUCACUUCUGGGGUUUUCAGGCCCAUGACGUUGUUCCAGACAUCGUGACGAUGGCGAAAGGAAUCGCCAAUGGGUUUCCCAUGGCUGCCGUCGUCACGAGCGAGGAAAUCGCUCGGGCCUUUGUAAAAGGCGUUCACUUUAACACAUUCGGUGGGAACCCUCUGGCCUGCAGCGUCGCCUCGGCCGUCCUGGACACGAUUAAAGAGGAACGGAUCCAGGAGAACUGUGUCGUCGUGGGAACGCAUCUGCUGAAGGAACUCGCCAAACUGCGCGAUAAGUACGAGAUCGUCGGGGACGUUCGCGGGAAAGGACUGAUGAUCGGCGUGGAGAUGGUUAAGGACAAAGCGAGUCGAGAUCCUCUUCCCUCCGAGGCCGUGGCUGAGAUCAUGGAGGACACGAAGGACAUGGGCGUGCUGAUCGGCAAGGGAGGGAUUUACGGACAGACGUUCCGGAUCAAGCCACCGAUGUGCAUCACUAAAGACGAUGCUGAUUUCUUCAUCGCCGUGUUCGAUCAGGCGCUGCACAACUACACCCAGAGGAGAGGAGACCAGAGAGGAAGCCGCUGAUGAAACACCGAGCCUGACAACCUGAUGCUGUUCCAAAUCAGUCCAAUACGUCCAUCUCUUUAAUACGUCUAACAGCAUUGAUCACUCUGGGUCUGUUCAACACACAGUACAUCUAGAAAGGACCGAUCAGCACAUCACUGGCUUUACAGAAUCAAUUCUUCUACUGAGGACAGAAGUUCAGCAAUAAGCCCGACUCUUGGGUUCUCCUCUAAACCAACCCGUAAUGCACUUUUCCUUUCUCCCUACAGAGCACAGAUCACCACCUGGUCUCCAGGCUCAGAGACUUUAACCUCUGCAUGGCUCGGCCCAAAUCACCGGGUCUUACAGUCAGUAAUAGAUGAAGCUGUUGAAGUUUAGAGACUCGUUUCAGCGCUGAUCACAAACACCAGCAUUAAUGAAUGAACGAAUAAAGAAAAUAAAAUUCACUUUUAUUAAAAUAAAUAAAAAAUAAACACUGUCUAAUAUAAACACUCACUUGUAUCCAAAGUAAAGGAAUCGAAACUUUUAAAAAACAUGUCUAAAGUGUUGAUUCACGAAUACAAAAAUGAAAGCAGUAGAUAUAACCGUUCUAAGUAUUUAAAUGUCUUCCGAUAUCUGUAAAAAUAAUCUCUGCUCCGCGACCCUGAACACACCUGAGAUACGGACCAGACGUUGGAGUUCGUGCCUCAGGCGCUUAACUAAUCUUCCUAAACACACACUUUACACUCGAACGUCAGCAUUUUUGUCUGUCUGUCUGUGCCUGUGCUUCAUGUGUGUGCGUGUGAGUGGUGUGUGUAUGUGUGUGUGUGUGUGUGUGUGUGUGUGCUCUCAUCCACCUGCUGUUUGUGUUUUGAAUGAAACGGAGCAUUUACAUUUCUCAGAUCUGGUGAAAUUCGGUAAAAAGCUCGGGCUCGUGCCUGGAAUUUCCCCGAACACCUGGAACAGAGGCUUUGUUACGCAAACACACUGAAACGUCCUCAAACACUGUAAAGUUCAUCAACACCAGC